UGUCCACCACGACCAUCUUCGUCCUUCCGACCCUGAACCAACCGCUAGACCACCUUACUCACUAGCCAUGGCACCAAAGUUCGACCCCAACGAGGAGAAGAUUAUCCACCUCCGCGCCACUGGUGGUGAGGUUGGUGCUUCGUCCGCUCUUGCCCCAAAGAUUGGUCCUCUCGGUCUCUCGCCAAAGAAGGUUGGAGAAGAUAUCGCAAAGGCCACCGGUGACUGGAAAGGUCUCCGUGUCACCGUUCGCUUGACCAUCAAGAACCGUCAAGCCGCCGUCUCGGUCGUCCCAUCCGCUUCGUCGCUCGUCAUCAAGGCCCUCAAGGAGCCACCGCGAGACCGCAAGAAGGAGAAGAACAUCAAGCACACCAAGUCCAUCCCUCUCGAUGAGAUCAUCAACAUCGCCAAGACUAUGCGCCACAAGUCCAUGGCCAAGGACCUGAAGGGUACCGUUUUGGAGAUUCUCGGCACUGCUUUCUCCACUGGCUGCCAGGUUGACGGCCGCUCGCCAAAGGCCAUUUCAGACGACAUCAAGGCCGGCGAGAUCGAAAUCCCAGAGGAGUAAGCGUUUGCCUUCGACAAAAGUAGAGUUGCAGAUACCCUCGAUUCAAAAGAAAUGUUUCUGUGGCACGAUGCCUCUGAAGUCACGAAUAGCAUCUGGGGCUGGCGGCGUUCAAGGCGUAGGUGUCACCCAGCGGUGACUGGAUACUUUUCGAUUUUGAAAAGAUGGCUGCUGCACAGCCAAUACUUCGACUUGGCUCCGCUUUCCCAGUCAAGCAUCACUCACUUCCACUUUUAUUUUCAGUAGGUCAUUU